GGCUGCCGCUGCAGCUCCUGCUUGAGGCUGUCGUGGGAACAGGCCAGAAAUAGCCUGUUCCCAAAACCCUGGUUUUGUGCCUGAAUGUUAGGGUUCUUCCAGACUGAGUGGUUGAGAUUUUAGUGAGCCAGCAGAUUUAAAAGUGGACGGUGAUGGAGAUGGAGUCUAUGGUCACCCCUGUCAGUCUGAAUGACAGCAGGGCAGGCAAGGGUCGGCUUUCUGGGAGGCGGUUUGUGCUUUGCGGGGUGAUAUUGAUAGCCUUGUUCAUGUCAUAUGCGGUAGUUUGGCCUCAUGUUGCGUCUUUUAGCAAUCAACGUGAUUGGAGAGGGGAAGAUCGUACGGCCAUGCAUGAAAUGUUUCAAGGAGUGCAAGAAACUCCUGGAGGACAAGAGACGCAUGGAGGACAAAAAACUGUGAGUGAAGGGUCGGCUGGGGGGGGCGAAGGAGGCGGCUUGGGUGGAGACACUUCUGGAGGGCAAGGAUCUGUGGGUGCUGGAUCCCCUACAAGAGAAAUUGAAUCGGGAUCGGGAUAUCGUCCCUCUCAUCAUAAAGAGGAUGAUGAUCGACAAGAUUCCCCACCAGUUGUCUCGGAUGGGGAUAGGUCAAUAGCAGAGGAACAUUCGGCUGGAGGGCGAGAUAUCAAAGAGCACAGGGGGGUGGAGAAGGGAAAGGAAGGGGGGGGGGAGGAGGAGGAGGUGGAGGACAGACGUAGUAGGGUCACAGAUCCUAUCUUUGGGGAAAGGCGGCUGCUGAAAACUUAUGAAGACUUGGUGGCGUAUGUGAAUGGAUCCUCAUCUGCAACAACGGGAGGUGGAAUUGAGUUGAAGGAGCAAUCGCUCACACCUGAGGAGCUUGGUUGGGCAAACGACCCACCCUGUCGAUGGAACGACGUAUCAGGCACUUUUCACCUGCAAGAGCUGGCAAUGUGCCUGUUAUGCAGCAGCACAAAGCUCUUCAGGGAGAGCCUAAAGGACAACCUCAUCUGCAAGGACGACAAGCCCCGUCAUUUUAUAUUCUGCGGUGGUUGGAAUCCUAGCGAGAGCCUGUGCUACACUAUAGGAGAUGCAAUCGAAAAGGAAGCUAACAAAACUGGGGGAUAUCAUGAGAGAAAAAUGGGUUCGAAAUUGCAUAAUCCGUUCAUUGCAACGUUUCGUGGAAGCAUGUACGUUUCUCUGAAUGGGCAAGUCUACACGGAUGAGUACGUGUACGAUCCAAGAGGGAGAUGCUCUCGAGGGGCUUUUCCUUCCAUCCGCCCGGAGUACGCUCGGGCGCAUAACCACUACAAAAAGGUGUAUGUGGUGGACCAUCUAUGGCCAGGAUUUCAUCACGACCUGGCGGAAAUGGGGUCCCAGCUUAUGCCCUUCUAUGAAGAACUUCUGGCCGACCCCUCCAUCAUGAUCCACACAACGAGCGCACAGUCUAUCUACGAACGCGCUGAGGGGGACAAGCCAUCGGCUUUCUCUCAAAAACUCAUAGAGGAGCUUAGAAUAAACCGAACACGACUUAUUGCAGGUGACGUCCAUGCUGACGAGGUGGUGGUGGCGGAUACGCCCUGUGGUAUACCUGAAUGGCUGUACAAAGUUUAUGGGAUCCGGCUGGGGAAAGUGCUGAGGGAGCACCUUCUUCGUGACCGUGGCCUUGUUCAAACAACCCCCACGGGCAAAACGGCACAGGGAAUGCAGGAGGAGGUUCCUCGUGAGGCCUUUGAGACAGGACGGAGUGACGCGAACAAGAGUGAGGGUGCUGCGACAACAACCGUAACAUCGUCAUCUGGUCAUAGUGGGGAAGAAGAAGACACGGCGACCGGAAAAGGAACGAUGCUCGUCAUACGACGCUCCCACAAGCGGUUCAUCGACAACCACGACGAACUGAUGUCGGCUCUCACAGACGCCUUCGGAAACCAUCCAUCGCGUACGUUGGAGGUGUAUGACGACAGAGUGUUCACUAGUCAGCGGGCUAUAUGGCAGCAGUUUGCAAGCGCCGACAUUAUUGUCUCUCCUCAUGGUGCCGGUUUGACAAACAUGUUGAUGACGAAGCGAGGUGCGGUGGUGUACGAGUUUUUGCAGCCAAUUGAUGCACAGAUCGAUCCUUCGCAUCUGAACUUCUGCUACAGGGAGUUAGCGCUCAUUCUUGGCCUGGAUUAUUUCGGAGAUUUUCCCGAAAAAUGGUACGGCCCUUACGUCGAAUUCGACAUUAAACAGAAGAAAUGGGUCAGUCAUUCCUCACACAUGACAGUCAAUGCUACCAAAGCAGUGGAGAACAUCAAGAAGAUACUGCAGGACAAGGGGUGGCUGUGAGAGAGGGAUGCCGCACCCCUUGGCUGUUGAUAUGACACCUCGAUCCCGGGACCGCCUCUUGUUGCCCCUUGCAUACAUAAGGAGGGCGAUCGGAGCUGCGCAUGUGGCGUCGGAACGCAUCUGUUUUUUUUUUUGUUUUUUUUUUUGGAGAAACACCAUGCCCAGGGUAUUACUCGAAGUGAUACGAGCAGCCCCACCUCGAAAACCACUGUAGUGACUGUGUAGUCUAUAUUUUGGGAAGAACCGUAGCUGCGAGAAUUGCAGUGUAGUGGGAAGGAAGGAGCUUCUUGACCAUGUGUUCAUGCGGAGCUCUCUACUACCUAGUGCAUCUGACCUGAUACCUAGGAAAGUUCAUCAGCCGUGGGAGGGGAACAGGUCACAUGCAUUAGGUCUAGGUUUUUGUGACACUACAGCAGCCUUGCAGGGGUGGGGUGGAUAUCACGACCGGUCUGGUCCCGCUUUUCAACACGGUGUCCUGGCUGUAGUGGGUCACGAGACUUGGCUCUUGAGGCCGAAGUCGCCGGUUCGAAUCCAUGCGCGCACGGAGGAGGGCUUAGGCCCGUUUGAGGACGGUGUCGACCGGUAGAUGCCGCCUGACAACGGAUCCGUAUAAACGAA